AUGAGUUACGGAUAUGGCGGGCGUAACCCCUACGAUCAGAGAGGCGGCGCUCCUGCGCCCCAGGGGGAAGCCUACGAUCCUUACGGAGGUCCAGCGCCAGCAUAUGGCCGCCCAUAUGACAGCGCUCCCGCCAUGGGACGAGAUGAUUUUGCUGGCCAAAACCUCGAAAUGGAACCCUUAGCACCGAAUGGACAGCAAUUCGGCCACCAAAAUGACCCCAAUAAAAUCCUCAACGAAUGUCGUGAGAUCGAUAGAGGCAUUGAUGAGAUCAAGGCCAGUCUCGCAACCCUGGCUACUCUGCAACAGCGCUCGCUCGACGACUCCGAUUCCUCCGCCCAGAGCAACACCAACCGACAGCUCGAUGCCAUCUCCGCCGAAACCAUGACCAUGUACCGCAACUUCGCGGGCAGAAUCAAGGCGAUCAAGCAACAACCCGAAUCCGGAUCUCCCAAGAAUGCCCCGCAAGUUGGAAAGAUUGACCGGAAGCUCAAGGCCGCGAUCCAAGAAUACCAGAGCAUGGAUUCGGCAUUCAGAAGGAAGCUGCAAGAUCAGAUGGCGCGCCAGUACCGGAUAGUUCGCCCCGAUGCCACGGAACAGGAGGUUCGUCAGGCGGUGGAGGAUAUUUCGAACCAGCAGCAGAUGUUUUCUCAAGCGCUGCUACAGAGCGACCGAAGAGGCCAGAGUAGAGCUGCUUUGAGCGCUGUUGAGAACCGCCAUCAAGCCAUCCAGAAGAUCGAGUCUCAGAUGAUCGAGCUCGCGGAGCUGUUCCAGGAUAUGGAAGCCUUGGUUGUACAGCAAGAGGCGGCAGUCGUGAACAUCGAGAUGAAGGGCGAGGAAGUCGUAGAGAAUCUGGACAAGGGAAACCAAGAGAUCGGCACAGCUAUCGUGAGUGCGCGAAAUGCGCGCAAGUGGAAGUGGUGGUGCUUGGGUAUCUGUGUCCUCAUCAUCAUCAUUAUCAUCAUCAUAGUCCUCAUCUACAAAUUCGUCGUCCAACAACCCGCCCCCAAAUCCUCCUCAAAACGCUGGGCGCUCCCCGAGCCCUUCUACAUCCCACCAUUCAGCCCCAACAACGCCCAAAACGAAGAACGAUACGUCGUCCCCGGCCUCGCCUGGUCAUCCGACAACUCCCUCACGCCCACGCCAGAAAAACGCUCUCUCCCAUUCAUCGCAUGA